AUGGAAUUGAAGCAGGUCCAGUGCUCCCAGAGUAAUCACGCUGAGCGAAUACUUCGACUCGAGAAACGCCACGCCGACGAUGCUGCCUUGAAAUCAGUCUGGAACUCGCCCUUCCCGGGUGUGAUUGGGGGUACCCCCCAGCAAGGCCCGGUCCAGAUCCCACACAGCGAAAUGUUUGAUGAUCUGGAUGAGCAGGGCGAGCAGCUCCUUGGCUCUCUUCACUUGGGUCCGGCCGAGGAGGAGCCCGUUCGUCGAGGUGCCGCUUCUCGAGCGAAUAGCGUUCGCUUCGACGAAAGCGCCCUGCACGGUUCCAGCUGGGCCGGGCAAGGCAAUCGACAGUCGGGGGAUUUUGGUCCGAUUCGCCCGGGGAGCGGUCUCAUGAUGGAGCGCUCUCUCUCGCACAAGUCCGACGGCAGGCACAGCUCGGCCGGGCACUCGGUGCACUCGCAUCAUUCUGUUGCCUCGGGUCGCGCCAGCAGUCUCGGCCUUGAUACCAACUUUGCGGCCGGCGAUGACGAUAGCUCGUCUUUUGAGAUGCCGGGGCCUCCCGUCUCACUCUAUGUCCUGGGCACAGUUCCGUCGAUUGUUCGCUGCUGGCUGACCACAAACUACGCCCACGACACCCUCUUGUAUGCGGACAUCUGCACCGGCUCCCAAAAGUCGACUGUCGAUUACUCCCUGAUCAAGGAGCUGGACUUGGUGGACGAACUCGAGCGGGACGUUGACGGACUCUUCCGCGCAAGGCUGAACGUGUAUCUGGCCGAGGCCGUGGUCACGCAGCACAACGACCGCACCGGAGUGCCCGCGGGCUCGGUACCCUCGAUGACAGUCUCUUUCGAAGUCAUGGGUAUGGACCAGCCGGGGUCGAUGAGCAAAGCGAUCCGCAUCUACAUCGGAAGCGACGCACUCCGGACAUAUUCUGCCGAUGUACUCUUCUCGCAGAACAAGAUGGUCUUGUUUGGAAACGAGCGCGAUCGCUUGCAGGUGCCCUUUGUUAGACCCGAGGACGACGGCAUCUUCCGGCACAUCUGCACCGCCAACAUGAUUCCUGAGAAGCCCAAGCUGAACGCGAAUGCCAUGCCGUUCGUGCUGGCGGGGCGAGGCAUGGGCAAUGGCGAGAUGCCUGGAGACGACCCUUCGGUUCCCCAGCAGGAAGAUGAUGACGCGCACCGGUCACUCUCGCCACUUGGGUCGCACGUCGAGCCCAAUAAACCUCUGGUGGCAGGGGAGACCCCGACUCAUGGCGGCGGGAGCGAGAAGCUCGGCCGGGACGGCAACGCACGCGAGUCCAACGGUAGAGAUGGCUCAACCGUUUCAGACAGGUCGCGGCGCGAAUCGUCGGCGACGACGUCGUCGGGCAUCUGGACGUCGUGGCGCCAGGGCGCUGCCGGCGGCGCGGAUGGCCCGCCUCUGAGCGGGUACCAGCCGGCGGCGCGUGGCGGCCGGAGCAUGAAGGUUCUCAGGCCGCACAAGUCGGGCUCCAUGUCGGCGAGGGUGGGAGCCCCGUUUGAGACUUCAUUGCCAUCAAAGUCGUCGGACGGUCGUCGCAAGAGCCAGACCAGUGCCGUCGGCGAGGGUGGAAGCGCGGCUAACGGGGCCAGUCGGUGGGAGGCGAAGCGCACGCCGAGCCUGGGGAGCGAGGUCAGACCCCCAGCCAGCCGCGUCGACAGCCGGUCCGCCGGGACGCUGCCGCGAUCUGCCAACCCGGUGGGCGUGGCGUCUGCGUUUUCGUGGAUGACGCCGCCCGGCAAGCCGGCCAAGGCGUCGGCGACGAGCGGUGGGGACUGA